ACAGCUGCAGCAACACAACAUUGACUCGCAGAGAUGACGGCAGCUGCAGCUGAACCUGCAACAACCCAAAGGUUUUGCCCGAGCUUCUCAGAUGCUCUGAUUGACGAGGACCCCCAGGCGGCCUUAGAGGAGCUGACUAAGGCUUUGGAACAGAAACCAGAUGAUGCACAAUAUUAUUGUCAAAGAGCUUAUUGUCACAUCCUUCUUGGGAAUUACUCUGAUGCUGUUGCUGAUGCAAAGAAAUCUCUUGAAUUUAAUCCUAAUAAUACUGCUAUGAUGAGAAAAGGGAUAUGUGAAUACCAUAAAAAAAUUAAAAAAAAAAACUAUGCUGCUGCUCUGGAAACAUUUACAGAAGGACAGAAAUUAGAUAGUGCGGAUGCUGAUUUUAUUGUCUGGAUUAAAAGGUGUCAAGAAACUCAGAAUGAGUUACAAUCAACGGCGUCUGCAUCCCAGAGGAAUUCUCAGCCAAAAAUCAAGUAUGACUGGUAUCAAACAAAAUCUCAAGUAAUCAUUACACUUAUGAUCAAGAAUGUUCAGCAGAAUGACGUAAAUGUGGAAUUUUCAGAAAAAGAGUUGUCUGCUUUGGUGAAACUUCCUGCUGAAGAGGAUUACAAUUUGAAUCUGAGACUUCUUCAUUCUAUAACACCAGAACAGAGCAUGUUUAAAGUUCUUUCAACAAAGAUUGAAAUUAAAAUGAAAAAGUUAGAGGCUGUGAGAUGGGAAAAGCUAGAGCGAGAAGAAGUGCCUAAGCCAAAACAAUUCAUAGCAGAUGUAAAGAACCUAUAUCCAUCAUCAUCUCUUUAUACAAGAAAUUGGGAUAAAUUGGUUGGAGAAAUCAAGGAAGAAGAAAAGAAUGAGAAGUUGGGGGGAGAUGCAGCUUUAAACAAAUUAUUUCAACAGAUCUAUUCAGAUGGUUCUAAUGAAGUGAAAUGUGCCAUGAACAAAUCAUUUAUGGAGUUUGGUGGUACAGUUUUGAGUACCAACUGGUCUGAUGUAGGUAAAAGAAAAGUUGAAAUCAACCCUCCUGAUGAUAUGGAAUGGAAAAAGUACUAAAUAAAUUUGCUAUUACUGUAUUGCAUACAUUCACCUAAUGCCCAUUGUGUAUUAUUAAUAUUGCAUUCUUGAAUUUUGAACACUGAGUAUCUUUUUCAAAGACUUAUACCUUUUUACCUCUCUGUGCUUUAGAAAUUAUUUUCCUUCAAGUGUUCAAAGAAUCUAAUGAAGAAUAUAGGUCAUAUUUUAUCACUCUAUCCUUAAGGAUUUUAGACUUGCUGAGAUGGAGUGAGGUAUCAUUUGCUACUAGAUAGACUAGUUCUAUCUAGUUGUGGGAACAGAGAAAUUGUUCAUGGGGUAUCUUGGGUUAUUGCCUUAUUUUUGAUGCAGUGUUCUGUUAAUUUAUCAGACUUGGCAACUUUGGGUG